ACCCCACCGCGAACGCACCCCUCGCCACCCCCCCCAGACCCCCAGCGCGUCGCCAUGCCGGGCCCCGCGCAGCACGCGCACACCCUCGGCGACGGCCUCGUGCCGCUCAUCAAUCGUCUCCAAGACAUCUUCUCGCAAGCCGGCGGCGGCAUCGCGGACUUGGAGCUCCCGCAGAUCGCCGUCGUCGGGUCGCAGAGUUCGGGGAAGAGCUCCGUGCUCGAGGCGCUCGUGGGGCGCGAUUUCCUCCCGCGCGGACCCGACAUUUGCACGCGGCGUCCGCUCGUCUUACAGCUCGUGCACACGCCGUACGGCGCGCAUCACGCGCACGCGGCGGCGCACCACGGCGGCCACGGCCCGCCCGCGGAGUGGGGCGAGUUCCUGCACCGCCCAGGGGAGAUCUUCACGGACUUUGAGGCGAUCAGGGAAGAGAUCGAGUGCGAGACGAACCGCGGCGUGGGAUCCAACAAGGGCGUCAGCGACAAGCAGAUUCGACUCAAGAUCAACUCGCCGCACGUCCUCACCAUGACGCUGGUGGACCUUCCCGGGGUGACGCGCGUGCCCGUGGGGGACCAGCCCGCGGACAUCGAGAAGCAGAUCCGCAACAUGAUCCUGUCGUACAUCAAGCGCGAUUCGUGCCUCAUACUCGCGGUGUCGCCCGCGAAUUCGGACCUCGCGAAUUCAGGCGCGUUCUACGCGCUCACGCUGUCGCGCGCCGUCGACCCCGACGGCAAACGCACCAUCGGCGUCAUCACCAAGCUCGACAUCAUGGACCGCGGCACGGACGCGUGCGCGUAUCUCAGCAACGAGGUCGUGCCGCUGCGGUUGGGGUACAUCGGCGUCGUGAACCGGUGCCAGCAAGACAUCGCGCAGCGACGAAGCAUCCGCGAGGCGCGCGCGGCGGAGAAUGAAUUCUUCCGGCAUCAUCCCGCGUACGCGGAGGUACAGCACAAGUGCGGCGUCGAGGCGCUCGGGUGGACGGUGUCGCGCAUCCUGGGCGACCACAUAGCGGACGUGCUGCCCACGCUCGCGGAGAAGGUGUCGAAGCGCAGGGAGGCGGCGGCGAGGGAGAUGAAAGAGCUCGGCGAAGGGCGGCCGGACGAUCCCGGGCUGCAGUCGAGCUUCGUGCUCGAGAAGCUGCACGCGUUCAGCGCGUCGUUCGUGAAGUGCGUCGCGGGCCGGAACGACGACCUGAACACGCACAACCUCGAGGGCGGGGCUCGGAUCCACUACGUCCUGCAGGACAUCUUCGUGCGAGGGCUCCAGAGCUUGGACCCCACGGAGGCGAUGAGCGAGGAGGACAUUCGAACGGCGAUUCAAAACGCCGCCGGCACGCGCGGGACGUUGCUCCUCCCGGAGGAGCCGUUCGAGGUGCUCGUGAAGCAGGCGAUCAAGAAGAUGAACGACCCGUGUCUGAAAGCGGCGCGGAUCGUGCACGACGAGCUGAACCGAAUCUCGAGCGCGCUGUUGAAGACGCACCAGCUGUCGAGGUAUCCGAGGCUGGCGUCGGCGAUCGAGACGGCGACGCGGGAGUUUCUGAGCGAAGGGCUGGACCCCGCCGAGGCGAUGAUCGGGAGCCUCGUGGACUGCCAGCUCGCGCACAUCAACACGACGCACCCGGACUUUGUCGGCGGCUCCGUCGCGAUGCGGCUCGCGCAGAGAGAGCUGAGGGCGCGACGAGGCGGCGACGCGUUCGAGGGCGAGUUUGACAGCGACGAGGAGGAGGAAAACGGAGGCGGCGACGGCGUGAACACGCGCGGCGGCGGGAACGGUAACGGUAACAGUAACGGUAACGGUAACGGACGCCGCGCGGCGCUUCGCGACGUCAACGGCCGCUCGAAGAAGCUCGCGAAGACGACGACGAGCGCGCUGAAAAAGGAGGACGGCGCGACGGCGACUGCGACGGCGAGCCCGCCGGGAGGGAAGCUCUACUCGCACGAAGACGGCGUCGUGUCUCUGAAAGAACCCCCGGGGAAGAUCCAAGCGAGCGAGCCGCAGACGAACGAGGAGCUCCUCCAGGUGCUCGUCACGCGCAUCCUCCUCGGGUCGUACUUUUCCAUCUCGCGCGGCGUUCUCGCGGACACCGUCCCGAAGGCGGUGAUGCACUUUCUCGUGAACAGCGUGCAGCGAGGGUUGCAGCAGUACUUGAUUCAGACGUUGUACGACCCCGCGACGGCGGGGGUGUUGCUUCAGGAGCACCCGGACGCGGAGGCGAAGCGCGUCGCGGUCACGUCGAAGUACCACGCGCUCACGCAGGCGGCGCACGCGAUCGGGACGAUGCCCGCGGAGCUCGCGGCCGCCGCGGGCGCGGGCGGGCACAACCGACGGUGA